AAAGCAACCAAAGUUCAGUUAUUGACAGAGCAGAGGCAGAACACUACUGGAAGGACCCGGAAGGAUCAGCCAGCCAUGCCUCCAGCGCAGGAACACGUCUCCAGGAAGAACAGUGCGGCACAGAGGCAAUAGCCAAGAGGGAUAACCAAUUGGCUGAUAAAGUAACAAAUGAGAAGUAACCCGACUCCACUGACCUGUGCACCCCAGGGGGAAGGAUGGGACGGAGUGGCGCUUAGCUUUGCCACAGUGGAACGGGUAUGGAGUAGAGCUCCUCUGCUCGCUGCCACCGUCGUUUCUCUGCACACCUGCUUCCAGACCCGGUGAAAACAGCAAGUUCUUCCUGUCGGGAGGGCAGAAUUGGAGUCACAGGAACAGUUUGAGAAAUGGCGUGUAACAUACCCAACCAAAGACAUCGGGCUAUGUCAACAGCAGGAGAAACUCUAUAUGAAAUUCUUGGUCUGCAUAAGGGAGCAUCAUGCGAAGAAAUUAAGAAAACCUACAGAAAAUUAGCCCUGAAAUACCAUCCAGACAAGAAUCCAGAUGACCCAUCUGCUGCUGAGACGUUUAAAGAAAUCAACAACGCCCACACAAUCCUCACCGACACGUCUAAGAGAAACAUAUAUGACAAGUAUGGAUCGCUGGGACUCUACGUGGCUGAGCAAUUUGGAGAUGAAAACGUUAACACAUACUUCAUGCUGUCAAGCUGGUGGGCAAAGGCCCUGUUCAUCAUCAUCGGCCUCUUGACAGGCUGCUAUUUUUGUUGCUGCCUUUGCUGCUGCUGCAACUGUUGUUGUGGACAUUGUCGACCCAAAUCAUCAACAUCAGAAGAGGACUUCUACGUGUCACCAGAGGACCUUGAGGAACAGAUCAGGACUGACAUGGAAAAAGGUAGGAUAUGGACUUUCCGGUUGUUCUCCAGCCUACAAAUGCAAAUGAGAAGACGCAGCUAAUCAGUGAAGGAUCUCGAAGUUAUUGCACAGACUCCUGAUGUUGGGCCCAUGAAGGGUUCACAGCACCUCUUCUGGGUUCAGCCAUGUCUCUGGGUGUUAAGGAGGAGGUGGGGACAUGAAAUGCUGUGAACGUAUUCACAUUCGUAUUUUAUUUUUAGGUUAAGGGGAAGAUGAUUGCUACAUGAUUUUCUCAGACUUUCUCCUUGAGUAGAAUUCCUAAUGAAAAGCAUUCAGUUUGGUGAAUAAAGGCCCAAAGAGUUGUUCAA